UAUUGAUAAAUUGAUAAAAGGGAAUAGACGUUCGCGAGAUUUCUAUCCUGAAAAACAUCUUUGUUUUAUUCUUUAUUGCUACGAAAAACAGUUGAAGUAGUUAAUAUGACUUCUACUUUACCUAAUGAGGCUGAUAGGAACGAGGAACGCCGACGUAGGUUGCUGCUGGGUCCAUUACCUGCUGGUUUCCUGAGGGCUGAUGGUACUGUGGACAAUGUUGAUGCAGAUUACCAGGCAGCUCUUGCUCUGCAGCAACAGCUCAGUGGUGCUACGGUGCCUGCUACUGGUCCUCCCCUGACUGCGAGAUUAAGCAUUACAAUAGCUCAAGCUAAACUGUCUAAAAAUUAUGGUCUAACUCGAAUGGACCCGUAUGUUCGUCUUCGGGUGGGUCACUGUAUAUAUGAGACCCAGACUGACCCCAGCGGUGGUAGGACGCCGCGUUGGAAUAAAGUUAUACAUUGCCUUCUCCCGCCUGGUGUCAACUCUAUUUAUUUAGAGAUCUACGAUGAAUGCUCGUUUACAAUGGACGAGUUGAUUGCUUGGACACACAUCAACAUCCCGCAAGCAGUGCUAAAUGGUGAAACUCAUGAGAACUGGUACCCGUUGAACGGUAAACAAGGUGAUGGUAAAGAGGGCAUGAUUAACCUCGUGCUUAGUUACUCGGUGGGUCCAGCGGCUGUGGCUACAUUCCCCCCAGUGCUGGUAGUACCCAGCACGGGCAUGGGGUACGCGGCCAUGCCGAUGUACCCCGCGCCGCACCCCGCGCCAUACCCCGCACCACUCCCGCAGCAACAGCAACCCCCGCAGCAGCUCUCGCCAGAGCAGUUGCAACAGAUCGAGGAGAUGUUCCCGAGUAUCGAGAAGGAUGUGAUAAAGUCGGUGCUGGAAGCCAACCGUGGAGACAAGGACGCCACCAUCAACUCUCUCCUGCAGAUGUCGGAAUAAACUUGUAUGUUCUCAUUUUUUACACAUGUCAGAGUAAACACCCUGUAAGUUCUUGAACUUUACACAUGUCAGAGUAA